UACUACCAACCAUCUUAUCAGAACAUAGCAUUAUUGCAAAUUUUCAAUCCUCCCUCUCAAGUCAACAUCUGAAUCUAUACCACACUUUUUUGUAGCCAUAACAGUUAUUGUUUCUAAAUCUAGUAACUGAAAAACAAUCACUUCUGUUUUGGAAACUUGCUUUUCAGUUCAGACAAAAACAUUUUUCAAUCAAGCAAACAAGAACUGUCUUUGUUUCAAUGAAUUCAGAUAUUGUAGAGUAAUCAUAGGUUGUGUUGUUGCUGUUGUUUAAGUAUACAAUGGUGCCACAAAACAUGAAGGAACAACUUGCUUUGGCAGUUAGAAGCAUUCAAUGGAGUUAUGUAAUAUUCUGGUCUGAAUCUGUUAACCAACCAGGGGUGUUGAGCUGGGGAGAAGGAUAUUACAAUGGAGAGAUUAAGACAAGGAAAACAAGUCAAGGAGUGGAACUUAGUUCUGACGAAAUAGGCUUACAGAGGAGUGAGCAGCUGAGAGAGCUUUUCCGGUCCCUCAAACCUGUAGAUACCAAUCCUCAAACAAAAAGGCCUUCUGCAGCACUUUCACCUGAUGAUCUCACAGAUACUGAGUGGUACUAUUUGGUUUGCAUGUCCUUUGUAUUCAACAUUGGCCAAGGUGUGCCAGGAAGAGCUCUAGAAAAUGGCCAACCAAUUUGGCUGAUUGAUGCCUAUUCUGUUGAUUGCAAAGAGUUUAGUCGCGCUCUCCUCGCAAAGAGUGCAUCAAUUCAGACAGUGGUGUGUUUUCCUUUUAUGAAAGGGGUCAUUGAGCUAGGCACAACUGAUCACGUAUCGGAAGAUCUCAGUCUCAUUCAACAGAUCAAAACUUCUUUACUGAAUAGUCUAAGUGUCGAUGACCCUAUUAACGCUCGAGCUACAUUGAGUUCGAGAAAUAACGAAGGUGUUGCUUGUGUAGCAUUUGAUGAUAAUGAUUAUGAUGUUGAAUUAAUUCCAGAAGUUGGAUAUGACAUAAUCAACACAACAACCUCUCCUAAUGGGAGCUCAAAUGCAUUACAAGCCAAUCAACUACGAAAUGAAACAUUCAUGGUUGAAAGCUGGCAAGUUUUGGAUGAUGAUUUGAGCAACUGUGUUCAUAACUCCGUGAAUUCAAGUGACUGCAUAUCACAAAAUAUUUCUUCUGCUCCUAAGGUUGGAGAAGAUUGCAAUAAUAACCAAAAAAUGAGUUUAGUGGAUCCUCUAAGUGAAGAUUGGCAUUAUCAGAAAAUUCUUUCAGAACUUUUAAAAAGCAAUGACCAGUUAACAAUGGGGAUGCAUUUUCAAAACUUUCAUCAAGAAUCAAGCUUUUGUGUUUGGAACAAAGGUGUGCCUGUGAAUUUCCAAAGGCCAAGACAAGGGACCUCACAAAAGUUAUUGAAGAAGAUUUUGUUCGAAGUUCCGCGGAUGCAUACUGAUGGUUUGCUUGAAUCUCAAGAGGAGAAUGACUAUAGAGAAGGUACAAGACUAGAGGCUGAUGAAGGUAUGAACCAUGUUUUGUCAGAAAGAAGGAGAAGAGCAAAGCUAAAUGAAAGGUUUUUAACUCUUAGAUCAAUGGUUCCUUCAAAUAGUAAGGAUGACAAAGUCUCUAUACUAGAUGAUGCAAUUGAAUACCUUAGAAAGCUUGAGAAAAAGAUAAGAGAGUUGGAAGCUCAAAGAGAGCCAACAGGUAUAGAGUCUAGAAGUAAAAAAUCACAUCAUGAUAUGGUGGAGAGGACUACUGAUCAUUACUAUAAUAACAAAACUAACAAUGGGAAGAAACCUAUGGUGAAAAAGAGGAAAAUUUGUGACAUAGAGGAGACAAGGAGAGAGAUUUGUUCAGAUGCUUCAAAAGGAAGUUCUAAUAAGAAUGUUACUGUCAGUAUGAGUGACAAUGGAGUUGUAAUUGAAAUGAAGUGCCCUUCUAAAGCAGGAAGGAUAUUAGAAAUUAUGGAAGCAGUUAACAAUCUCAACAUAGAUUUUAAUUCAGUUCAAUCAACAGAAGAAGCUGAUGGGAGUCUUCAUCUAAUCAUUAAAUCUAAGUUCAAAGGACCAGCUAAUGCAACAACAAAAAGGAUCAAGCAAGCCCUCCAAAAAGUGGCUUCAAAGUUUUGAUUUUUGUAUUUAAAAAUAAAAAUAAAAUGGAGAUGUUCAAUUUAAUUCCUCCCACUGGCGUGUCACACAGAGAUUCUUAUAGUCACAAAUGGAAAUUCUUGGAGAUGCUUUUUGUUUUCAAGACUUCAGAUAUAAAGAAAAAGUUAGUCUGUGGAAUACCUAUUGGUGAUGUAACAUGGACAUUUGUUUCAGCACUUGUAAAUUGGUAGAUAGGCUAGUUGAAAUUAUACUGAAUUAAAUUAACCAAUGAUUUCACAUGAA